UGCUGCAGCCUCCAGACACACACAAGUGGCCCUGCAAUGAAAGACUCGGCCAAAGCGGGACUCCCCAAUGGCAACAACCGCAUCAACAAAGACCCGCCGGCCUCACAGGAAAAGAUGGAGGAGCGAGGUCAGUGGAGCAACAAGUUGGAGUUCAUCCUGUCGGUGGCCGGCUCCAUCAUCGGCCUGGGGAACAUGUGGCGCUUCCCGUACCUCUGCUACAAGAACGGAGGAGGUGCAUUCCUCAUCCCUUACCUGAUCUUCCUGUUCACCUGCGGGGUCCCCGUCUUCUUCCUGGAGACGGCCCUGGGCCAGUACACCAGUCAGGGAGGCAUUACCUGCUGGAGGAAAAUCAGUCCCUUGUUUGAAGGUCUCGGCUACGGCACCCAGGUGAUUGUGGCUCUGCUGAACUUCUACUACAUCAUCGUUCUGGCCUGGGGGAUUUUCUACCUCUAUUACUCCUUUUCUUGGGAGCUGGCGUGGUCCUCCUGCAACAACACAUGGAACACGGAAAACUGCCAGGAGUUCACGAGGAGAAAUGACUCAAUCAACGUAACCGCCAACCCAAAUGCCACCUCACCUGUCAUUGAGUUCUGGGAGAGAAGAGCGCUUCGGAUUUCCCCGGGUCUCGACCAAAUGGGCUCUCUGAACUGGGACCUGGCUCUGUGUCUGUUUAUCGCCUGGGUCAUGUGCUACUUCUGCAUCUGGAAGGGAGUGAAAUCCACUGGAAAGGUGGUCUACUUCACUGCAACGUUCCCUUAUGUGAUGCUGAUCGUGCUGUUAAUCAGGGGUCUCACCCUCCCCGGCGCUGGAAUCGGGAUCCAGUUUUACCUCUACCCCGACCUGGGGAGACUGGCGGACCCACAGGUGUGGAUGGAUGCUGGCACCCAGAUCUUCUUUUCCUAUGCCAUCUGUUUAGGCUCUCUGACCGCUCUGGGCAGCUACAACAAAUACAACAAUAAUUGCUACAGAGAUUGCCUGUCGCUGUGCUUUCUGAACAGCGGCACCAGUUUUGUGGCAGGCUUUGCCAUCUUCUCCAUCCUGGGUUUCAUGGCUUUUGAGCAGAAUGUUGACAUCUCUGAAGUUGCAGAGUCUGGUCCCGGCCUGGCCUUCAUUGCCUACCCUCGUGCAGUCGCCAUGAUGCCCUUCUCUCCUUUGUGGGCUGCCGCCUUCUUCAUCAUGAUAGUUUUCCUGGGGCUGGACAGUCAGUUUGUGUGUGUUGAGAGUCUUGUGACAGCAGUAGUGGACAUGUACCCUGAAGUGUUCAGACGAAAGAACCGCAGAGAGCUCUUCCUCUUAGGCGUUGCCCUCUUCUCCUUUUUCAUGGGACUCAUCAUGCUCAUGGAGGGAGGCAUGUAUGUCUUCCAGCUCUUUGAUUACUAUGCAGCCAGUGGCAUGGCUCUUCUCUUCAUGUCCAUCUUUGAGACUGUCUGCAUCGCUUGGGUUUAUGGAGCGGAUCGCUUCUAUGAGAACAUUGAGGACAUGAUUGGCUACCGCCCUGGGCCUUACAUCAAGUACUGCUGGUUGUUCUUCACGCCAGCAACAUGCAUCGGAACUUUUGCCUUCUCCCUCAUAAAAUACACUCCUCUAAAGUACAACAAUGAGUACGUGUACCCGUGGUGGGGCUACACCAUCGGCUGGCUGCUCGCCCUCUCCUCUAUGGUUUGCAUCCCUCUUUGGAUGGUGUACAAGAUCAGCACGACACAAGGAACACUCAAAGAGCGCAUCAAGAUUCUCAUCACUCCAUCUGACGAUUUACCCAAAUCCAAGAGGGAGCAGGAGAGGCUGCUGGUCCUCUUUGCUCCAGAGGGAGACGCCACCAAAAGUACAAACGGCUUCUUUCCCGUCUCAGACAGAGACUCCAACUGUUGAAGCCCGAGAGGUUACUGUACGUGAAUUUAUAGCAACCACACGAGACUACAUCCUUGACUUGCUGCACCCUGGCCUCCAUUUCAAAGAUAACUAUGGGUUCAAAAACAUGUUGCAUCAUCUUUUUUAAUACAAAAGCAGUAUGGAGGACUGCCGUUUGACAUAUUUGUACACUGAGUGAUGAAAGGAUGAAGGAAAAGAAAUGAUGUUCCAUCGGUUGAAUUUUUUAAAAGAUUUGGGGUGGAUUACGGCUCGUUUCUUUUUCAAGUGAUUUAACCAAACAAAUUUGAAACCUAUUUAUUAAUUGGGACACAUGUAUAUAAGAUAUCUAUAUGUGACACAAAAAGAGCACUUGUAAGGGAAAAAUGAGUAACUUUACUUUUCAAGGACAGUAUGAUGGCUCGGUGUCGCUUCCUAACCAGAAGAAUUCUGGUUUAAACCUCAGUUUGGGUCUUUUGGCAUGAUGUUUUCAUGUUGUCCCCAGGCUUGUGUAGAUUUUCUUCCGGGUACUCGGUUUUAAAAACACGUACGUCUGGUUAAUUGGCGAUCCUAAAUUGUCCAUAGGAGUGAUCGUGUGUGUG